CACACGCCGGUCCCUGCACAUCAGCUGAGAACCCGGCCGACCGCCAGUCCUGUGUGCGAACUCAGUCUGCUGUCGGCCUCCGCUGCACUGCGUCUACGCGUAGGAAAGAAGAAGAAAAAAAACAGAGAUAAAAUAAUAAGACUAUAGGAGACUUAAUACAUUGAAAAAAAAGAAAAAAAAAAGAUGGCCACUGACACAGCUCAAGAGGUCGUGGAAACGGCCUUUGAAAGCGCCAGCGAGGCACUCCGAGCUGGCACUACCGAGGCACUGAGACUCGCCAACAGCACAGAGCAAGGGCGCGAGCUGGUGGAAAUGACUGGCACUGCCCUAGAACAAGCAGGCAACGUGCUUCAGGAUGCUGGCAGAGCUCUGAAGGACCUGCCUGCCGUAGCUGCGUCAGAAGUCAAACCCAAAAGCAUGCUGGAGGAAUACGCCCCCGUCAUGGGCGGGGUCGUGGCGGCGGCGGCGGUGGUGGCGGCAACCUACUACCUGACACGACCUCCGUCUGUGCCGCCGCAGGUCGAUCUCGAUGCCCAGAGUCAUGUCAUCAAGGAGGGCGCCGAGCUCAUCCGGGUCUCCAGACUCACGAAGGAGGCGCGGGAGGGGAAGUUUAUGAAGUUUUUGUAUGAAGACACACGGACGCUAUACGAUGUUUUCCGCAGGGGUGUCAGGGAAUCGAACAACGGCCCUUGCCUCGGCUGGAGAGAAGGCCCCGGCAAACCGUACCAGUGGCUACACUACAACGAGGCUCUCCUUCGGGCCAAGAACUUCGGCGCAGGUCUCGUCGCCAGCGGCCUGCCCUCGGGACCCGAGACCUUCGUCGGUAUCUACUCGCAGAACUGCCCCGAGUGGAUCCUGACCGAGCAAGGCCUCUACUGCCAGUCCAUGGUGAUCGUCCCCCUCUACGACACGCUGGGACCCGAGGCUUGCAACUUCAUCAUCAAUCAAGCCUCCAUCACGACCGUGGUUUGCCAAGACGACCGCAAGAUGAGCCAGCUCCUCCAGAACCCUCCCAAAUGCCUCAAGAUGCUGGUGGCCAUGAAGGACGUGACGCCGGAGACCGCCGAGAGGGCCAAGAAACUGGGCAUCACCAUUAAGUUCUUCGAGCAGAUCGAGAGCCUCGGGGCAGCCAGCGACAUACCGGAGUUGGUAGGUGAGAUGAAUACGUUGUUGCAGAUUUCCUGCACGCUUUUGCAACUUGCAUCACAACCACAUAAGAGCGACGUGAUGAUCUCGUUCCUGCCGCUGGCCCACAUGCUCGAGCGCUGCUGCGAGGUGGCCGUGUACAUCGCGGGGGGCGCCGUCGGCUUCUUCUCCGGCGACAUCCGCAACCUCGCCGACGACUACAAGGCCCUACGACCCACCAUCACCCCGUCGGUCCCUCGGCUCAUGAACAGGGUGUACGACAAGGUGACCACGUCGGUCAACGGGUCGUCCUUUAAGAAGCUCAUGCUCAAGAUGGCCAUCGCGAGUAAAAAGUCCGACUUGGAGAGGGGGGUGGUCAGAAGAUCGUCGAUCUGGGACAAGCUGGUGUUCAAGAAAGUGCAAGACGGCAUGGGGGGGCGACUGCGCCUCCUGGUCGUGGGUUCGGCUCCUCUGGCAGGCAACGUCCUCACCUUCAUGAGAGUCGCGCUUGGCUGUGUGAUAGUAGAAGGCUAUGGACAAACAGAGUGUGGGGCCCCAUCAACGCUUACUAUCCAGGGAGACUACCGACCCGACCACGUGGGCCCACCGAUCGCCUGCAAUGCUAUUAAACUGGUGGAUGUUCCCGACAUGGAUUACUACGCUGCUCAAGGACAAGGCGAAGUGUGUAUCAAGGGCUCCAAUGUCUUCAAAGGAUACUUCAAGGACCCCGAGAAGACGAAGGAGGCGGUGGAUGCUGGAGGAUGGCUUCACACAGGAGAUAUUGGCCAGUGGCUGCCGAGUGGGACCCUGAAGAUUAUCGACCGCAAGAAGCACAUCUUCAAACUGUCCCAGGGUGAAUACAUAGCCCCGGAAAAAAUCGAGAAUAUUUACGUGAGAUCGCAGUACGUCGCACAGGUCUUUGUCCAUGGAGAGAGUUUGAAGUCGUGUGUCGUAGCGAUCAUAGUGCCAGAGGUGGAGGCAGUGAAAAACUGGGCGCGGGAACAGGAGAUUCCGGGCACGCUGUCUGUCCUCUGCGCCAACCCACACGUAAAACAGCUGAUUAUGGACGAUAUAGUGAACCUUGGCAAACAGGCUGGGCUCAAGUCUUUCGAACAGGUGAAGGACAUCUACCUCCACCCCGACCUCUUCAGCGUCCAGAACGGCCUCCUCACCCCGACCUUGAAAUCCAAGCGACCUCAGCUCAAGAAGUAUUUCACUCCCCAAAUCGAUGACAUGUAUGCUAAGCUCGCCUGAAUAAAUUAAAGAUUAAAAAAAAGAGAAAUAAAAGAAAGUAUGUGAAAGAGAGCUGGAAGAAUAGGGUUUAAGGGUGUGAUUGGGAGGAUGAGAAUAUAUAUAUACGAGAAAGGAAGGUUUGAAAAAAAAAAGAAGAAGAAGAAAUUUUGGGUGUUUCAGUGUGCGUGUAUAUAUGAGUAUGAGACUAUUUGACUUUCGUGCCUCAAUAAUGUUCUUUCUAUCCAAGAGAACUUUAGAUGACUACUUAAUUAGAAGUGAGUUUCGAAUGAUCAUCUAGAUAACUUAGAAUAAGUUGAUUGUGUAUGACGGCGGCCGCCUUUGAUAAUGAUAUGAAAAAAAGAGAAGUUUAUUAUCAUCUAUGUCAUGUCUACAAGAUAGACGGCAUCACAGUGGUCGUGGUUAUAUAGCUUGCAAUAUAAACUGUUCUUUUUGGCACCUGCUCUAUAAUUUGGCUACAGGAGGUAGAACCUUUGUUCCUCAAAGAAAUUGCAAAUACAGUGGAAAGUUUUGUAAUAAUAAUAAUAAAAAGAAGGAAUAUUAAUAUCCAAAAGUGAUUCGUCUUUUUUCUAUUGGAGACUGAGGAAAAAUCAGUUUUAAAAGGAAACUUGAUUGUGAUUUUUAACAUAUAUCGGUGCAUUGUGCAAUUACAGAGGGGUUGGAUUCCCCUCGAUUUAUACUAUAGCAAGCAUUAUUUAUAAAGUUGAUUUUUUUUUUGUUUUUUUGUUUAAGUUUAUGAUGCGAAUGUGCUUAUUGGAUCUUCAUUUCCGUUGAAUAGAUUACUAGGUUUUAGAUGUACAGUGCAUCUAGUUUUGUAUUCAUAUAACAGAGUUACAAAAAAAAAAAAAAAAAAAACAUGUAUAUCAUUCAAUUUGAUAGUUGUAAAUUCAUAUCAAUAUAUCACUCUUUUAAUCCUAUCUGUAAAGCAAGCAACUGUCUCGUCAGAUAUCCAGUAAUAUUAUUAAUACUUAUGUUAUGGUAAUGCAAAGUAAUGUCUGUUAUAUAUAUUAAAAACAGUAUUUCUAGUCAAGUUUUGAACCAGCUGAUGAGGCGCUAAGCCUCCGGUGCUCAACUUAUGUGGUUGUAAUAAAAACGUUUUACUUAAACGUUCUUGAUUUUAGGGUUAUAGAAAUCUUUGAA